AUGGAUGUCCUGGGUGAAAACGAGGCCCUGCAGCAGUUCUUGGAAGAUCAGCAGAUCGAGGCUCUGCGCUUACUCGCAGGCAUUCGCAAGCCAUUUGUGAAACCCAUGGAGUUCCAGUCACGAGUGCCGUGGCUUCCUAAUGCAGAUGGAAAGCCAGCGCUUCAGGGACGGCAACGCCAGCUACCAGACACCCCACCAUACUCUGCAUCAGACCCAUGCUCGCCUCCACAGAUCCAAGGUGCACACUACCCAACUCUGGCACCUACAGAUGGCAGGACUCCAGCUACCUGUGCCCACCCUGCAGCUGCCCCUGGCAUGGUGCCUGCGCAGCUGCCCCAGAGCUCGUCUGAAACGAGCAGUUCUGCCCACAGCCACAGUGACUUUCAUGAUGGCUGCUAUCCAAGCACCAAUCACCCCACCACUCCUCUGGACCAGUUUGUAUCCUCUCACCCGGGGAUGAAUUGUGCUUACCAUCACCAGCCUCUGCGCCACAGCCCUGGAGACUCAUUGCCACCAGCCAAGAAGAGGAGGCACACCCAGUUGCUGGAAGACUCUGGGGACUGCCGAGUGUGGGCCCACCUCUCCAGACCAAGGACAAGUAGGAGUUAUGGUGGCGAAGUGCAAGACCACAACGGCGAGGGGCAGAGUGCGACGCUGGUGGACCAGUACGCUCCUGCUCUGAAGUGGAAGCCAUACCGAAGUGUCCCCUGGCACAGCUUACUAAACAGUCAUUAUGAACCGCUACCUGAUGUAGGUUACCGAGUUGUCACCGACAAAGGAUUUAAUUUUUCACCAGCAGAUGAAGCCUUUGUUUGCCAAAAGAAAAACCAUUUUCAGAUAUCCAUCCAUAUCCAAAUUUGGGGAAGUCCAAAAUUUGUCAAAACUCAGAUGGGCCUAACGCCAAUAGAAAUGUUUUACUUGAAGGCUUUUGGGAUUAAGGUAGAAGCUACCAAUCAAAUAAUUGCUAUCGAACAAUCCCAAGCAGAUAGAAGCAAAAAGAUUUUCAAUCCUGUUAAAAUCGACCCCCUGGCUGACCAGGUCACCACAGUAACACUGGGGAGAUUACACUUCAGCGAAACCACAGCAAACAACAUGCGAAAGAAGGGAAAACCAAAUCCUGACCAGAGAUACUUCAUGUUGGUAGUUGGCCUAUAUGCUGCUAACCAAGACCAGUUCUAUCUGUUGUCUGCCCACAUCUCCGAAAGGAUCAUUGUGCGGGCCUCUAACCCUGGGCAAUUUGAAAAUGACAGUGAUGCAUUAUGGCAGCGAGGACAAAUUCCAGAAUCCGUUGUCUGUCGUGGCCGAGUAGGAAUCAACACGGAAGCUCCAGACGAAGCCCUGGUCGUCUGCGGCAACGCGAAAGUGAUGGGGACGAUCCUGCAUCCCUCUGACAGCCGGGUGAAGCAGAAUAUUCAGGAGAAUGCAUUGGUGACCAGUGAAGGAGCCCUAGGAAUGAUUGCCCAGGAGGUGCAGGAGAUCCUGCCCGGAGCCGUGAGGGAGGUUGGGGAGGUCACCUGUGGAAAUGGAGAGAAGCUGGAGAACUUCCUCCUGGUGGAUAAGGACCAGAUUUUUAUGGAAAACGUAGGUGCAGUGAAGCAGCUCUGCAAACUAACCAACAACCUUGAAGAGAGAAUAGAAGAACUGGAAAUAUGGAACAGCAAGCUGGCCAGGCUAAAACGGCUCAGCAGUUUGAAGUCCUCAGUGAGCAAAGCAAGCUCCAUCAGCAAAAUUAGCAGAGCUGGUAGUGCAUCUUCUCCAAGAAGGGCCAUUUCUCCAAAAUCCAACAAGGUUUAUUUUUCAGGAAAAAGACAGGCGUGUCCUAACUGGGUUUUCCAGACCUUGGUCAUAACUCUAAUUGCUGUGAUGGCAUUUUGUGCUUUGACAAUAGUGUCCCUUUACAUACUUAGCUUGAAAGAUCAAGAUCAAACUACCCCCAAUCUCCUUCCGAGCAAUAUCACCACUAGCUCCCAGGAGCCAGCUCUGCCCCCCACCGCUUCCCCCUCAGCACCUCAGACACCCCUGGCCACCACACAGCCCUCCCUCCAAGUGCCGGAAAUCACCUUUUGUGAGAUUCUGCCAUGUCAGGAGACUCAUUGCUGCCCCAUCUGGGGAAUCAGAGGAGGCUUUUCAAGCCCUGUGCAAAGCCAACCUGAGCAGGAGAAGCAGUUCUACGGGAGGCAGUGGGCAGAAGAUAGAAGAAAACUCUUCCUGGCAAGAAACUCACUAACCAGCCCUGACUGGGGGAGCGACUGGAUAGACACAACCAUCAGCUCGAUUCAGAUCAUGGAAAUCCAGCAAAGGAUAGACCAUCGGUAUUGCAGUAAAAGCCUCCAGUGCAGGUCUGGAAAUUACAAUUACAAUAUUCCUGUUAACAAACAUACACCCACUAAUGUCAAAUUCUCUCUGGAAAUCAACACAACAGAGCCGUUGAUAGUCUUCCAGUGCAAGUUCACCCUUGGAAAUAUAUGUUUUCACAGUCCAAGGGAAGCCGAAGGGGGGCCGAGUCACGGAGAAACCUCCCAGGAGAUGACACAGGGAUAUCAGCACAUUUGGAGUCUCCCUGUAGCUCCGUUCUUUGACAGUGCGUACCAUUUCCGUGUAGCUGCGCCGGAUUUAGCGGACUGUUCGACGGAUCCUUAUUUUGCAGGGAUCUUCUACACGGAUUACUUUUUUUACUUCCAUCGACGCUGUACUUAAUUUAUUCACGUUUGGUUGGAAACAGUACCAGAGGAGAUUACUCAAAAUACACUUAACACAAACAUCUUCUCUUUAAGCUUCUUUUUGUAAAGCAUUCACAUUUAUUGCUGAAGGACUUUUUUCAGACUUUGGCUUCCAAAAGUACUGAGACAUUCAUGAGGAGAAUAAAGGAUUUGUUAGCACCUGA